AUGGUACAUUUUCCCGGAACUGAAUAUCGCGCGCAUAGUAGUUGCAUGUCAGAAGAACAAAAAUACCAAGGCUCUCUAUACAAACCCAAGAGACAGAAAUCCAACGGCGUCGAAUCCUACGAUAGAACUGAGGCUAUGGCUCAUAACGCAUACGUCGAAGACGUGACCGAGGAAUAUGAAGAUUACCGGCGAUACGAAGUUCACGAUGGCGAAGAUGGACACAUAGGAACAAUGCCACCGCCGGAAGCGCCUACUCCCCCCCCUGCCGCCUCUGAUGAUCCCAAUCUGAACGUCUUUGACUUCCUGGAUACGCCAACCGUUUCUAAUGUCAACCUACAAUUUUUCGAUAACCCUGCACCACCCAGUGGCGGCCGACAGCUCGUGCGCUUCGAACAGGCCACGGAAGAUUACGUAGACUCGACAGGAUAUAUGGUCGACGACGGUGCAAUGGUCCAUUACGGAACUGGCUCCGUUCCCGCUAACGCGCUCGAGACGCCAGCACCUAAGCUCCAGCGAAGAAAGACGAAGGAUAGCGACGGAAAGAAGACUAAGAAACGCAAGCAACUGCACAUCGAAACGCCUGGACCUUUGGCGUUGGAAGCGGUGCAUGGCGACGAAAUAAUGACUGAUGCGCCACCUGUAUUACACUCGGGCUUGACCGGCGGUCUGAACCGUAUGAUGCGCCCGUCUCAAUUCCCUCCAUCGCCAGAUUACUCCGGAGGCGACGGAGCCGAGAAAUCACCAACGGCCCCUAUUAGGAAGACAAAACAUAAGUCCCACAAGUCUAAAUCUAGUCGGACAGAUACAAUCAGCGGAGGACUCAGGGCUUUCAUAUCGGGAACUUCAAAGUCGAAGGUGUCUAAGAAGCGAAAGCAUUCAUCAGAUAAAGAUAAAAACGAAAAGAAAUCGAAAAAUCACCAUCGCUCGAGUUCCGACAAAGCCCCAAAGCUAAUCGAAUAUAAAACGAAAUCAGGGGAUGAGAAGGACGGGGAGUCGGGUCAGAUGAUUCUUUACCGACCGAGAUCCGACCUGUUUCUGAGUCUGUGUAGCAAGGGCCCAGAAAGCGAACGAGGCUGCAGCGUGAACAAGGCUCUGAAGAGAUUCCACCGCGAACGAUCGGAGUCGGGUACCAGCCUGGGCAAGUCAGUGGAGGAGAAGGAGCUCUGGCGGUCAUUACGUAUGCGUCGUAAUGAACAGGGAGAGAUUGUCUUGUUCUCGGUUGAAGUCUGA